GCAUACACUUUGUAGCCUCGUGUCAGCUGACUAGUCUUCAGGACGCGUUUAAUCUCUGUGAAACUGUACAACAUCCUUCCCCAAGUAUAAUACCUGUAGUAUGCUGCUUGUAGGUCUAAUUGAUGGUGAUCCUCGGAAAGUCUACCAAAUGAAUGUAUCCACGAGAUGAAGCAGGAUUCUGAGUCAAGUGCACGAGCACGUUUUCGUUAUUCGGUCGAUUAAUUGAAAUUUGAGAGUUGCACUGAGGUCUCUGUCUGGACAUCGGAACGUCGUUGAAGAAUAUUUUAUUGGAAAUGAGAGAUGGGCGUGUUUCGUUUCCUGAUACACUGGGUACGUUGGUGUAGAAGCCAACGCGCGCGCGGCUGAUUUACACACGACGUGUAUUCAUGUGGAAUCAUUUGAGACUCCAUGUGGCUGGAUGGCAUCGUAUUAUUACGAUCUCGUGUAUUAGCCGUAACCGGUAGACUUUUCGCUCUCACUCGUAUACACUUGGUAACUUUGCCCCCCUCCCCCCUCCUCGCUGCCUUCACCAUCUUUCCUUUCUACGGCGUUUGGGUGUGCCCAAAAUUUCUGGAACACAUCAUUUGGAUAGUUUGAAAAUCAUUACGAGGAUAACUGUGUUUGACCACGGAUGAGCGAGAGAGAGAGAGAGAAUCCGCGAUAUAUGUAUGUAAUAGAAGAGUGGAAAACGUAAGAGAAGUUUGGCCGUUGCAUCGUUUCUUUGUUAUUGCUUUACUUUACUCAACAGGGUCACGCCUGGCAGAUUUUCCUAUUAGCCAGGAAAUAAGAGUAUAUAUAGACACAGUGCGAUACGUUGUCGACAGUAUUUUUUCUCCACAUCUUAAGGAUGGCGUUGAGGAAGUUUCUCCGUGUAUAACAAGAUACGUAUAUGCAUGAAGAAAACAGUUUGAAACAAAGAGACGAAAGUAGAGAGAUAAACAGCGUGGAAGCGCACAUGCAGGCAGGUUGGCGGUUAGACGUCCGGCGUGCGACGUCCGUUACCGUUCAUUCGGGCACCUGCCAAGUUAAAUUUAGACGGGUCCGGCACUGGGCAUCUUGUUCUCGACCUGACUUGGGAUAGAGAGCCAAAGGCUGUCCUCUAACAAGUUGGGGAAGGUCGUUCGGAAGACAUGUCGUUCCCGGGAAAGAAAUUUUGGAGGUACAGAAGAAGCUGGUGCGCACUGCAGGAGAAACUACGUGGAAGAGGUGCGUCUCGCGUUACAAAGUGCCAUUAAGCCAGGUGCAUCGCCGUUUGUGAUCGUGAAUAAAGUCGCGAGUGAGAAGUGCAAAAGUGACAGCCGACGCUUGGCGUCCUGCGGAAAACAUGAGGUUCGACGUGGUUGAUGUCUUCGUCAUCGCUACCUUCGCCUCUGUUCUCGUAGUCCUGGCCAUCGUUCACCUUGCGUCCCAUCCAAACGCUCGCGCUCUUCAUCUUCCAAUCAGUCGUAAAAUCUUUUCAAGAUCUCUGCGUUACAACUCGGUCCUUCCGCUAUUAAAAAUCUUGGCGGGAAUCGUACUCAGGGAUGCUGACAAAGUCCUAACGGUACUAUUCUGCAUCCUCGCUGUUCUUCCCAUCGGCACCAUCAACAUUUGCCUGCUCGAUAGAGUUCUUCUUCCUCUUUUCACAAAGCGCCCCUCAUCCUCCAUCCCACUCGGAACGGUUAUCGUUGACCGAUUCUUUCCGAUCGACAAUGUGAGAUGUGCGUGACUCGAAUUUUGGACAAGAGUAAUAUGCGUUUUUCGCGGACGCAGAGGUUCUUGUCGAGGAAGUAAAUUCAAUGCCAUAAUGUUGGAGCUAGUGUGCAGCAAUUCAUUGAGUCCGGGUACGUGCAGUGCUCAAGAAGAAUCGGACAUUUUUCUAAAGCGCGUAGAAACGCGAUUUCUCGUUACGUGAAGAAACGAAAGAGAGAACGUUGCGUCGUAUCGUAUCGCACGCUAGAUCCCAUUGCGUUGCGUCGUUGUAUUCGUCGGGAUUGGACGGUGGACGGACCGAGAGUGUUACAAGGGGACGGAUAGAAAUACGAAUAAUACGAAUAAUAUACACGAAUCGAACGUAUAGACAUACUAAAUAUUGAGAUCGGGCGACCGUUUCGCCAUGUGAGAAGUUCCUGCUCGAGAGACUUAGCGGCGAGUUAUGCUGAAGCACAUACUGACGGGGCAGCCGUCUGUAGCGGGCUCCAGGUCUCAGAACGAUUAUCAGUCGACGGGGACGCUCUCUGCCAUCGGCGAGAGUAAUCCCUCUAAUCAGCAGCAACAUCUGCAUCAUCAUCAUCAGCAACAGCAGCAGCACUCGUAUAUUUUGCAACAUUCGCUGCAGGAACAGCAUCAUUACGGCGGAAGAGUCCUCGCAGGCGGUACGGGACGGAUCGGCAGCGACGUCUAUGAUUCGGUGGUGCAUCCUUCUCAAAAAAGUCACCAUCCGAGCGCGGCUACACCUUCCUCGGCUCAUCGACAUCCGCUGAACCAUUCGCAGUCGAGCGUAAACAAUCUUUCGCAGAGAUUAAAUCAUUCCCACGCGUUAAAUCUUUCGACUCUGUCGACUUCAAAGCAUUCCGUGAACAGCGUGAGCCCAGUUGUCGGAAGCAGCGGGAGUAAUGCCGCGGUUAGGAUUCCCGUGUCACCGCUGCCCCCGGCGCCACCUUCGCUACCGCCAUCGCCGCCGCCGCCGCCUCCACCGCCACCGCCUCCGCCACCCCCGCCAUUGGCUUCACUGAUACAUCAUCCACAGAAGACGACGAGCACGUCGUCCUCGUGUCUCCACCAGGACAGGGAGAGAUCCAAGGCCAACGGCGGCUUCGACAUUUCGCGAUUGUCUCGGCUUCCAAGUCAAGCGACACCCUCACCGGCGCCGCCGCCGCCGCCGGUAUUACAACAAGGAGCAGUAACGACGGCAGGGACCGUGCUGCCCCUGAACGCGUCCUGGUCAUCCUCCUCCCUGUGCCGGAACGAGCUCACCAGAAGGACCGAGGCCGGCGUCAAGGAGAUGCUCACUUCCCUGGGUUUGCUCUGCCUGGUGUCUUUGCUGCUUGCGCUGCUCUCGCUCAUAUUUCUCCUGAAGAUAUCGCCGUUAACGGUUACGCCGAGCAGCCUGAUCAGUCCCGAGGAAUACGCCAUCGUCUACGAAGCCACCCUGGCCCUCUGUGCACUCGCACUCUCUUUGAACCUGUGCUGCCUCCUCGUCUGCGCCAUACAGUUCCUUUUUGCUGUCAAACUCGUCAAGUCCUCUUACCAGGGACAAAGAACCAACAAGUACCUGCAAAAAUCAUCGAUCAGUAGAGUAUGCGCUGUCGGAGGAUUUUUCAUUAGCAUACCAGUCUUCUUAACAGGCAUGAUCCUGUACACGUUCAUCCAGUUUCAUUCGACGCCAGCCAUCGUGACAUCGAUUUUCAUAGGAUUGGGCAUAGUGUUUUGUGGCUGUGCCAUGGUUCACAAUGUCUUCGUGUGGCAAAAAGAGAAAACGAAUGCCAUGAAGGCCUUGGCACGUGAACAGUGUGAGGCAGCUGUACAGAUGCAACGACAGCAUCAGCUGCAACAGCAGCACCAGCAGCACCAGCAUCAGCAUCAGCACCAGCACCAGCAUCAACACCGUACUCUAGCGCCCGUUCAUGUAAUAGGAAACAAUUGUGCAUCUAUUAGAUUUGGUUCGACUCUGCUUUCUCCCCAAUCUACAGCAACUUUAUCAUCCCAGAACCGUUGUCAACAACAGCAACAUCAGCCAAAACAACAGCAGCAUCAGCAGCAGCAGCAGCAGCAGCAGCAACAUCAUCAUCAUCAUCAUUAUCAUCAACAGCAGCAGCAUCAUCAACAACAGUAUCAACAUCAGCGACAUGUUUCAAUGUCCCCACCUUUACUAAUUUCCUCGCCAGUAAGUCUAACUCAGACAACGCAUAAUCAUCGGAACAUUCCCACAACUCCUGUACCGGGAGACAUAUCUCCAUCCAGUCCAAGUGGGAUCAAAUCCAACGGUAACGGCAGAUCCUUGCAACAGCUGCAGCUGCAGCAACAUCAGCACCUGCCACGGGAAGCCAGCGCCAGUGGAAGCAUAAGCCCUGGUUUACCAGCCGCCACGUUAGAUCUGAGCAGUGCGGCUACGACGAAUAGUCCUCAUGAACUUUCUACUCUGGUCUGAGGAUCAGGGGACGCUGUGAGAAAUUGAGCAGCCUGUUGCGUAUGGCGAGUCAAAUAUAAAUUUCGAAGUUGGUACGUCGAUUCUUUCAAGUACUUACUCGCUGGAAGAUCUGGACUGGUCUCGUAUCGUAUUGCGAAAACCUCUUUUGUGUUUUCUUGGUGUUAUGCCACUUAGAAAGAUUAACCUAACGUAUCGGGGUGGUCAGUGGAGGCAGGAAGAAAGUAAUUGUUCAAGUAGUAUUAUGCCGUUUGAUAAUACGAGAGAGCAUCCUGCUUCAUAAGGUGGAUUUUAUCGUUCGAAUGUUCCCACCGUUACUUUGUACCAUUUUAAUAGAUACGACUUACGCGAGCAUUUACAGCAUAUGUUACGAUAAUUUUAGCGUCACAUAAUACGAUAAGGUAUAAUAGGCAGUGCUGUCCAGUGAUAACGAUAUCUUGAGAUAGGAGCUUACUAUCUCUCUGUUUGUCUCAUGUCUAUCGCCACUCGAUUCGUGGUGGUUAUACAAUCCGUUGACCGUAUACAAGAGAAACGUUGACGGACAACACUGUACAUUUACUUCGAUGCGACGAAUCAAAAGAAGAAAAAGAGUCUGUUUCUACGGCUUUUCUCGUCCCAACAGAGGUGGUGCAGGAGUGUACAUUGCAAUUGUCAGAGUGUAGAAAGGGAGGUGUGUCUUCUUAAGAGCCUGUUGCAAUUUUUUCGAUGGAGAAUCUCGAUAGAUUGCGAGACGCUUGUAAGAUAGAGGAUUCACAGUUAGGUUUUUUUUUUACGUGCGUUCAAAUUGAAGUGCCUGCCGAAAAACGGCACUGUAGAAUACUUUUUGUACAUCAAUAGAAUGUUGUCCUCAUUAUGCCUAGCAGUCAGCGUAUGUGGUUAGAAGUUUCGUAUCCACUGGUCAGAGGGUUAGAAAGUGAAAAUAUGUAAAUUGCUUAAUAAUAUAACACCCGUAUUUUUUUUUGGUUCUUUUGUCGCGUUGUAAGUAGAGUAGUUAUAAUCAAUUUUAGUGGCGGAUCGCAACUCGUGACGUCAGGUCGAUUACGGGCGGACUAAAUAAAUGAUUGGGUCCAUGUAUAAGAUGCAGUACAAAAGUGUUUUAACUUUGUGUACUCAUUAUUUUUACUAUGUACUUGGCGCCCUUACAUCGCCGUGAGAAUAAUAAAUCACGGGUACGGUACGGCCAUUAGUUUUUCAUUUCUUAUUCGAAAAUUACUGAUGGAUCUUCUCGGGUAUGUCAUUCAAGAUCGUUCAAUAUCGAAUGGUACGGUGGAUUAAACUCAGAAUAAAUCUGAGGUGAUAAGAGCCUUUCAAACGUCUCUCAAUGCUCUUAAGGGGACUAGGGGAAUAGCUGAUCAAUUUAAAAAAUUUGCCUUGUUUCACAUACUGCAGAUCAUUGCACGCUAAAUAAAUAAUGUAUAACGCGAGGGGUGCAUCAAUGAGCGUACGUUCGUCGUAAAUUGGUCUGCGUCUUGACGUUUUGCUGCCAAAAGUUUUGCGUGCUCAUCGCCACGAAGCUACGAUACACUUAAUCGUUUCUCUAUUUUACAAUACAUCGAUAUAUGAGUAUGGUAUAAGUGAUUGUUGUCACAGUUGGAUGAAUCUAUGGCCACAAUUCCAGUCAAGCCGAGUUAAGAGAUGAAAAACGUGUACUGUGCGUAAAUAGAUUAGUUAAUUAUAGAUAUCGCACCAUGUAGUUCUAUUCUUAUUCGUGUCCGGUGGAAACAAAACCUAUGGGUACUGCGAUUUGAUGAAAAAUGUGAACAGAAUUUAAGUUUCAAAUGAAUUUUUAAUAAGGCUACUUUGUCAAACAUGAUUCAUGGUAAUAGUACACAAGAAAUCUUUUCUACAAUACAUAUAAACAAUUAACUAAAGUUUGAGAUGCGCGAGAAAUAGAUAGCACAAAAUAUUGGAGGGAACCAAACAUUUUUGGCGUCAGCACUCCCUAGUCCCGUUAAUAGAAAAACGUACAAAUAUUUAAAAAUGAUAUUGCUAGAUUAUGUAACAGAGCGGUACAAAUGCAUUUUAAAUGCUUAUGCAUAUUGUAAAUUUCCUUUAUGUAAUAACUGUUAUUAUAAAUGUCUUGCCAAUC